ACUGACUGACGGGGUAGCUCAGCUCACAGACAAACUCUGCAUACCUCUUCUAGACACGAGCUACAGGCUGCUCCGCCCGAGGAAGACUCCAGGGCUUCAAACCCCUCGAAUGUGGACCACUCAGGACCCAAGAGAAAGUUCUCUGUUGAUGCGUUGUAGGGUUCCUACAGAAGUAAUGUCACUUUAUAGUCAGUAAUACCACUGGGUGAGGAGCACUAUGCAGGGAGAAACCUUCCACAGAAAGACAGGCAGGGAGAAGCACGGGCUGACUGCAAGCUUGCCACGCACCGCGGGCCUGAGAUAGACUGCAGGAUGGCUGAGUAGGAGGCCUUCCGAAGGAACUAGGAACCAGUGCCGGUAAAGAAGGUUCUCCUCCGAGUCACGAUACCAAAUAGGAAAAAUGAUCUACAAGUGCCCCAUGUGCAGGGAGUUCUUCUCCGAGAGAGCAGAUCUUUUCAUGCACCAGAAAAGCCACACGGCCGAGAAGCCCCAUAAAUGUGACAAGUGUGACAAGGGUUUCUUUCAUAUAUCAGAGCUUCAUAUUCACUGGCGAGACCACACAGGAGAGAAAGUGUACAAGUGUGAUGAUUGUGGGAAGGAUUUUAGCACUACCACCAAGCUUAACAGGCACAAGAAAAUCCACACGGUAGAGAAGCCCUAUAAGUGCUACGAGUGUGGCAAGGCCUUCAACUGGAGCUCCCACCUGCAGAUUCACAUGAGGGUGCACACGGGAGAGAAGCCCUAUGUCUGCAGUGAGUGUGGGAGGGGCUUCAGUAACAGCUCCAACCUGUGCAUGCACCAGAGAGUGCACACCGGGGAAAAGCCCUUCAAGUGUGAGGAGUGUGGGAAGGCCUUCCGGCACACGUCCAGUCUCUGCAUGCACCAGAGGGUGCACACUGGGGAGAAGCCCUAUAAAUGUUACGAGUGUGGGAAGGCCUUCAGCCAGAGCUCCAGCCUGUGCAUCCACCAGAGGGUGCACACCGGGGAGAAGCCCUACAGGUGCUGUGGGUGCGGGAAGGCCUUCAGCCAGAGCUCCAGCCUGUGCAUCCACCAAAGGGUGCACACUGGAGAGAAGCCUUUCAAAUGUGAUGAGUGCGGGAAGGCCUUCAGCCAGAGCACCAGCCUGUGCAUCCACCAAAGGGUGCACACCAAGGAGAGAAACCAUCUGAAGAUAGCCGUCAUGUAGAGAGUGCUUGCUGAGAGUUAAUAAUCCGGAAACCCCUAAGUGCCGCUAGGAAGUAGCCCUGAGCACCUGCAUUGACCCAGAAUGCUUGCAGCAGUCCCUGGCAGAACACUGAGGAAGCGUAGGUGAGGCAUUGUUUGUUCGUUCAUUCACACCAGUGUGUCCCUCAGCUUGACUUUGAACGUGGAAUCUGAUCGUGUGCCCGAGGCAGGCCACCUGUCCCAUCCCCGUCUGCCUGUUGUGGUGUGUGGCUUUAGUGGUUGACAUGCUGCCCCUAACCCUUCAGCAGUACUUGGAGUCACUUUGUCUGUGCUGUUCUUCAAAGCUCUCUUUCGGAGCUCAUGCCCCUUCCUUCCUCUCAGUUCAAGUCUGCUGGUCAAUGCGCUUGAAAAUGGACAGCCCCACUAAGAGCAUAUGCUGGUAUUUCUGAGGUGGCCACUUCACUCAGCCCGCCAUAGCCUUCCAUCGCUCCUGCCACUUCUGAGCCCACUUGACCUCACCGCCCUUCCUAGAUGGCAUUGAUUCGUUUUAGAUUAGUGGCUCGCUCAGCCUGUCAGGAAGUCGUCAGCAGACAUGCCUGCCCGGAACUUUUUAGUUUUGUGGACUCUGCCAAUCACUGUCUCCAUGUUAGACUUAGUUUCUAGUGGUUGCUUCAUGUAUUUUUAACUUGAAUUUUUUUUUUAAGUAGCUGAAUGUAAAUAGCAGGGAGAAGCGAGGUGCACACUUGUCUCCAGCGUUGCCCCGGGUGGGCUCCUUCCACGCGGGGUGGGCCCUCCGGAGGGAAGCAGGGAGGAGCUGCUGUCCCUGUUGCUUGUCAUCUUGGGCAAUAAUGUGUCCGACUCAUUGCGGAUUGGACCGCGUACCAGUUCCUUGCAGGCAUGGAUGUGUAUUGUUCAUCCAUCUUCUUUUCCGUCUUCAUUCAUUCAACAAGUAUUUAUUGAACGCCUGAGUGCCAGGCACUGGGCUGGGUGCUGGGAAUGCCACUGGAUCAGCCAGACAGACGAGGGCCCUGCUCACGGAGGUAACUUCCGGUGGGGCGGACAGCUGAUAAGUAAGCAAAUAAAUAAUGUAGUUUGAGGUAGUGAUUACGUGCUAUGAAGAAAUAAACUAGGGUGGUAUGUAGUGGGGGGUGGGGGGAGAGCGUUCGCCAGGGUCCGGGGCAUCUGGGGCCAGGUGGAGGGGCGCCGGCCACAGUGCAGGUGCUGCUUGCUGGGGACAGCAGGGAGGCGGGUGCUGGCAUUGUACGGGGAGGGGAGAGGCCGGGCUGCUCGGGAUCUUGACUUCUGCAGACCUGUUGUUUGUUUUGUUUGAUUGUUUCUGCUGGAUAUUAAAACUUAAGUGGAAGAACUCAAGGAAUGUUUAAAAGACCAAAAGUCCCCAAUGACAAGAACAAAAAAAGUGACCAGUUUUUAACAUUGUUUUUCUUCUCAUUCCCAUUCUCAUGUGUGUCCCACAUGUAGUCCCUUUUGCUCAGGAAGUCUUUGGGGAAAUUAAGGACCUGUGAAGUGGGCAGUCAGGUGACGGCAUCUGUCAGCUGUCUAAGAGGCCGAGAUGGCUUCUCAAGGUGGUCAUGGCAUUGCCAAGGUGACCCUGGGGUCAUCUCCACGCUGGGAUUGGCUCCGGCCGUCUGGAAGGGGUUCUGUGCAGAGAUUGAGCAGUGGGCUAAGGCCAGAGCCAGACUGAGAUUUUCUGUCACCGCCUUGAUCUCGGUGCCGACACCUCUGCUGACAGCCUCUGUGUUGCUGCCACCCCUGUCCUGUCCGGAGCACAGGCACAGGUGCCGGCUGCAGCCACCCCAGGCCUGACGGCCGCCACAGCAAUUUACUGUAGUGUCUUAUCACUUCAUGUCACAGUAGCGUGGAGCGUUAGGGGAAAGCCUAGACUUUUAGUUAAUAGAAAGCCAGUUGAAAUACCAUUGGUAGAAUUUUAGUUUUAGGAUAAAUUGGUUUGAUUUCUAGCUUUAUUACUAUUAGGUAUGUAAGCUUGGGCAAAUUGUUUAAUCUUUUGAGUCUAGUUCUCACAAAAUGAGAAUAUUAGACUAAAUAAUUUCUGAGUUUCCAGCUAGUCCUAGAGUUCUAUAUUUCUACAUAGUUGAAUUAUUUUAUCAUGCUGUUGCUGGGAAAAUGACUAACACUUUUGAAGCUACUAAUUUUAUGUCGAGCUUUAAAGUCCAUAAUUGUUAUCUUCAGAAAAUAUUAUUUGACCUACAGUAUGUCCAAAUCAAUUUAAUAAAACCACUUUAUAACAGGG